CGUGCCCAGCCUCCCCUCCACUCCCGCCUCCUCCUGCUGCACCUCCUCUCCUCCCAUGGCCGCGCCGCCCACGCCAGGCAGUCCCACUCAUAUCCUCCCGACAAUGGCCGACAUCAUGGCGGCGUCGCGCGCGCAGGGCCUGCGCGUCAGCGUGCGCACGCUCGGCCCCUUCUUCCGUGUCACGGCGACCCGCGCCGGGCCCGAGAAGGAGGCGGCGGCGGCGGGCAUGGAGCUGGGCCGCGCCGAGGGCGCCGUCCUGCCUUGGCCCGGGGGCUCCCUGCUGCACCUGGACUCCAUGCGCAUGUCGCGCGCCACGCUCUCGGUCCCCGACCGCCCGCUCUUCGGCCUCGGCCUCUUCCUCGGCGCCGUCGCCGUGCGCCACGGCUUCGACGCCGGCUGCGUGCGCGCCGAGCUGCUCGCCAUCAACGAUUCGCCGCUCUACCACCGCAAGCUUGUUAAGUUCUACACAAGGAUGGGUUUCAAAGCAGUGCAUGAGGUAGAUGGAUCGUCGAUUACGGAUCUUGCUCAUAUGUUAGUGUGGGGAGGUAGAGGAACAAGAAUGGAUGCAGAUAUAGAGCAGCUCCUCACAAAGUGGAGCAAAAGAUUCAGAUCCCAAGACUGAAGCCUUUCUCUUUCCUAGAAUGGAAGCUGCACUUGAUAGGGAGGGUGCCCUGCUGCGGAAUCCGGUUCCUCGUGUGGUCUUACAUGCAAUGUUCCAUGGAGCUAAAUUCUGCAAGAGAGUACGUAAGAAGUGAAUCACGCAUGUCGUGUGGUGCAUCAGGAUGUUGACAAGACACUGCUGCUGCAGAAUAAAUAUGGUUAUAUGCCCUAACAGAUUUAGCAAUCAGUUAAGUCAACUGAGAUUACAUCAGAUCAUUGCAAAACAGUGAGCAUAUCGAGCUCAGAUGCAGGUACAUAGCAAGCAGGAUUGCUUAAUUGGGAAGGCAUAUAGAACAAUUCAUAUGUGGUGUUAGCAUCAGGGGUUAUACGCAACUCUGAAGGUCGAGACAGAAGUGCUGUAUGCAUGACAAUCAUGUGGUCACGAAUUUAACUGUUAUACAGCCCUGUAUUAUGAAAAGGAAACAAAAACUGAUGCACACAUAAAUUCGUACUUUAGAUGGAAGAUA